GAAUACAAUCAAACUUCAAGGUAUUUUAUGCAACUCUACCAAAAGAAAAAAAAACGAAGAAAGCUUGGGGAACAAUAAAAGUGGGAACGGAGUAUAAGAUCACCACCACUGCGCUCGAUAACCUAUUCAGCUCGCCCGUAUUUCCAAUUCAAUCAAGAUGUCGAGAAGGUACGACAGCCGAACAACCAUCUUCUCCCCGGAAGGUCGUCUCUACCAGGUGGAAUAUGCAAUGGAAGCCAUCGGAAAUGCAGGGUCCGCCAUUGGAAUCCUCUCAAAAGACGGUGUCGUUUUAGUCGGUGAGAAAAAAGUCACAUCAAAGCUCCUUCAAACCUCAACCUCAACCGAAAAAAUGUACAAAAUCGACGAUCACGUAGCCUGUGCAGUAGCCGGCAUAAUGUCAGAUGCCAACAUCCUCAUCAACACAGCCCGUGUUCAAGCCCAACGCUACACCUUCUCUUACCAAGAGCCCAUGCCGGUUGAACAACUGGUCCAGUCCCUUUGCGACACCAAACAAGGGUACACACAGUUUGGUGGGCUCCGCCCUUUCGGUGUCUCGUUUUUAUUCGCGGGUUGGGACAAAAACUACGGGUUCCAGCUUUACAUGAGUGACCCGAGUGGAAACUAUGGCGGCUGGAAGGCGGCAGCUGUUGGUGCUAACAAUCAGGCGGCUCAGUCAAUGCUGAAACAGGAUUAUAAGGAUGAUAUUAGUCGAGAAGAGGCGGUUCAGUUGGCGCUUAAGGUUCUUAGCAAGACAAUGGACAGUACUAGUCUUACUUCUGAAAAACUUGAACUGGCUGAAAUCUUUUUGUCGUCUUCUGGGAAGGUUAAGUAUCAGGUUUGCACACCUGAUGAUCUGAGCAAGAUGCUGGUCAAAUAUGGUGUGACCCAGCCACCUGCAGAAGCCUAAGCGAUUCGGAAUAUGGUUUGAUUCGAGUUUAUGAUUUGUUAGUUAUGAACUUGUUUUGGAUAAUGGUUUAGUUUGCAUGUUUGGAUCUUGAUUUUAUAAUGUUGUGGCAAAAACAUAUGAUUAAGUUCUCGAUUUGUUGUUUACAAGGCA